AUGGCCGACGGCUUGGGGAUGUUGUCGCAGCGAAAGAGGAAGGGAUCCAGGGGAGUGAGACGAAAGCAAAUUGGCACGCUCGCUGACAGCUCCAAGAUGCCCUCAACUUGGGCUGCUUUGUAUCAGCGAAGUGCUCGCCCAGCUGGGUCCUCGGCUAGCUACCCCAGCUUUCCGGAGUCCAAAUCUCACACGUUCGAGUAA